AUGAGUGGAAGAGGAAAAACCAGCAAGGCUCGAGCCAAGGCCAAGAGUCGUUCAUCCAGAGCUGGACUCCAGUUUCCCGUGGGCCGUGUCCACAGGCUCCUGCGGAAAGGCAACUAUGCCGAGCGUGUCGGCGCCGGCGCUCCACACUUUUAUUUGGCCGCCGUGCUGGAGUACCUGACUGCUGAGAUCCUGGAGUUGGCCGGUAACGCCGCUCGUGACAACAAGACGACUCGCAUCAUUCCCCGCCACUUACAGCUCGCUGUGCGCAACGACGAGGAGCUGAACAAACUGCUCGGCGGAGUGACCAUCGCUCAGGGUGGUGUGCUGCCGAACAUUCAGGCGGUGCUUUUGCCCAAAAAGACCGAGAAGACCGUCAAGACCAAAUAA